AUGGCAGUCUUCCCAGGAGUUGGAGUCGACAUCAAGCAUUCUUCAAAAGUUACCCAAGGCCUGGAGAAAAAAGAUCCUGUUUGGCCAAGUACGCCCCAGCCACCAAGACCGAACAGGAAUACAGGUAGGACAAUAGGCCAGUCACGCCCCCUUUCUUUGGAACAGGCAGACCUACUGGCGUCCAGACUCUGUCGGAGGCCAGGAUCAACGGGAAAUAUUGCACGGUCGCAAGGAUCGUCAGACGAUGGAUCAAGAAGCUCGCGGGAAAAUAUUUCGUUGUCCGGUUCGCGCACGUCACCCAGUCCAAAGGUUUCUCCACGGAGCCCAUUUGGGAAUUAUCAGAAUAUUGGGGCGCGGACGUCCCCAGGUAUGUCACCUGGGACGAGGUCCCGCUGGGAUGAGAAAAUGCCCGUGCCUCGGACUCCACCAAAAGUCUCACCGCAGGUUCACUGGGAGAAUAAAAAUGUGUUCCGACAAACACCACCGAACAGGGAAGGGAAAGUACUAAGGGGAAAUGAUAAUUCUCCGCCAUCGAGCAGGGCUGGGGGUGGAAUGGGGUAUGAGAAUAGCACUAUGAGUAGCGGAAGGACAGGGGGUGAAUUUCGGUGGUCUACGGCAAGCGUUCAAACAGGGGUGGAUAUUCAUUGGGAUAAUGUCUCCACUUCUCCUCGGACAUCAACCAGGUCCAUUUGUACAGUUGAAACUCAGACGCAGACCGAUAACUCAGCUUUCUUGUGCCGCUGCCAGAGCUGUGACGUUCUACCUCAUUCAGUGCAGCCACCAAGUGAUAGAAAUGCUAACCAAGUGCCGCGGAGUAUCUCGGUUGACACGUAUUGUACCCAGAAUGCCUCUACGUCGUCACAAAAUGCCUCGUUUUCAAAAUGCACAGGGAUGUCGCAGGUGCUGAACUUUUUUAAACGCGGAAAUUCUGGCAAUGUGAAAUAUGCAAUCGUUAACAAAGACGAUAUCAGCUGCCAAGAAAAUGGAACUGACCCAUCAGAUGAUGGCACGAUUUACCCUAGCAACAGAGGAGAAAUAAAACGUUUUGGACAUCGCUAUAGCAAUAUUCCACUUUUAGAUCCUGAUGAUUCUGAUGAGACGGAUGGACACGUCCUGGAUGAUGUUCCAAUGCCCCUACUGAACCCCUGCUUGUCCCAGCCUAGCCUCCAUAUGCCUUUAGUCCAGAAAAUAAAGAAUUCGCUCCGGUCGUUUUUACCUGCGCGCCAUAACCCUGUCCAUAGCAAGACACAUCCUAAUUCUCAAGCAAUAACAGACAAGAUUAAAAAGUCUCGCUCACCACAUGCGUCACCAAAAAUUCAAAAUAAACUGUCAAACUCAAAUUUAAGCAGUCCAGGAUUAUCCCGAGCAGAAAAAAAUAGUGCUAGUCCAAAGUUAGGCCGUAGUCCAAAAUCAGAGCGGAGUCCUAAAACAGCCGACCGCAGUCCAAAAAUGGAUCAUAGCCCAAAGAUGGAUCGCAGUCUUAAAAGUGAUCGUAGUCCCAAAAGUGGCCAUCAUAGUCCGAAAAAGGAACACAGUCCAAAACAUUAUGCAAAAGUGUCUUAUUCGUCGGUUUUACGCGAAGUGUUUACUCGGAAAUUCAGGAAUCGGGACAAGAAUCAUGAGAAUACGACCGUUAUUACCCAGAAUGCAGUUCUGUUGAAAACUGACGCUACAAGUUGUGCAGAUGCCAAUGGAAAUAUAGAAGGCGCCACUGUGAAACAGCAGUUACCGCGAAUCGUGACUCAUGUUCCGGAAGAGGUGACCGAGCCGCCAAAAGGGCCAUCACGUUCAAAGGAGAAUGCCGUGAGAGAAUGGGUCAACAACCUUCCACAGGCAGCUAAAGAUUUUUGUCGGGGUUUGCGUAGAAAGAAAGGCAUGGGGACGAAGGAUGUUGCGACUCUGGAGAGUCGACCACCCGUAGAGCGGGGGCCAAGCUCAGAGGAUGAUCUCUCACUCGGUGCUGAAGCCAAGUGCAUGUCAAACACUGAAAAAAACGCUGAGCCGAAACAAGCCUCACCUGCAAAGCGCCCCCUAUCUGCAUCUCCCUCCUCGACCAAACGCCGCCUGGCGUGGCUUAAGAGCAAGAGCCUCCAUGGUGAAAGCUUCAACUCUGAAAUCUCAAUGCAGACAACCGGCUCACACAUAUCAAGCGUUGAGGUUCUGCUUCAAGAACGGAAGGGGGACCCGGAACAAAUACUACUGAAUCUUGGAUUUGGAAAUAAACAAAACACGAGUAAUCUCGCUUGCCGAGUUCCAGAACGCUUCCUGAAGAAACCAUCAAAGGCCGAUGGCAUUGACGUGAAACGCUUCCUUGAUGACAAUCAAGAACUUGCAGAGUAUUUGGAGCAGAAACGUUCUCGUCACCACCCGAAUUCACCUGCAGAAAAUGUUGAAGAUGGUCAAAAGGAGAGUUCAGCCAUUGAUGAAAUAUUCCAGCAGCAGCAGGCCGACAUGCCCUGGAUCCCUGGCAGGUUUAGUGAAUCCUCGUUGUCACAUGGCAGCCUUCAUCCGUCUUACGCCGAGUACCAACGAACCCGCAGCUUCGAGGGAAAGAAGAAAUCAACCGAUAAAAUUUACAGCGUAUUGCAUCCGGAUAACCAGUUAUGUAUCGCAGAACAGGGUCAUUAUGACACUUAUCCGGAUUAUUUCAAAGAAAAUGUCAAAAGGUGCGUUCUUGGGGAUAUUUUUAGCGAUUUUGUUUUGAUAAGUCGACGGUUUAGCGCACCGGGGAAACCAUGCUUGAUUCGGUUAGACUCUGACCUGAAUAGUCACGCUGUAGUCCACAUGAUGUCAUCACAAGAGUCAGGUUCCGAAUCCUUUGAUUCUAGCUCCUCAACCCCGGAGUCUGAAAAUGAAACGCCCUCACAGAAUUUUGGACUGCCGAUAAUUUCUCUUGAGCCUGUUAAAGAGGAUCUAGAGACCAGCUUUGGGACUGCCAGUCCUUCUAAAUCACUCAGCCCAGUGUCGCCACGUAGUCCAAGGCCCCAGUCACCGAGGAUCGAUUUGGAUGCAACACCUACAAAAGACCGCUCUAGUUGUUUCAAUGCAAUGUUGAUGGAGGCGGAGAAAAUUCGGAAAGCUCGAGUAGCAUCUGAAGGGAGCCCUGUAAAAGAUGGGAAGCGUCGGGCUAGAGUAGGUAAAUCAUCGCCAUACAAGACUGAGAGUGGUUCUAAUCCAGAUGACGUGGAUGGAGCCGCUGAGUCGGGGUCUGAGCCUCGUAGGCGGCGUUCUGGCCUCACAACGGUGGAUCCAAAUGACCUGUCGCAGCUGCGCGAAGAGGUUGAACUGCGGGAACGCAUAAGCGCGAUUGGUGAUGAGCGGCGGAAAGACAUGGAGAAAAAGCUGAAUGGUCAAAAGUUUGAAAAUGCUGAAGAGGAGAAUAAUAAUAGGCUACUUCCUGGCCCAGAGAGAACAUUUGGGCCCUUCUCCCCAAGAUCUGGGAGUCCAACGCCUGGCUUCGAGGGACUUAUGUUAAAAAAGGGCUUAGGAACAGAUAUCAUGGCAGCUUCCGGUGGGUUUGGUAACCGACCCAACAGGAUUUCAGAAUUUGAUUUGGAUUUUGACUUUGAGGCGAAGCGAAAGCGAUUUGUAUCAAUGUCCAGUGAGAGUACUGAUUACAGCGAUGACUCUGGCAGUGGUACACCUACGGAUGAAUUUUCGCAUGAGGGGCUCUUCGAUGCACCGCUAGUUGGAGGUUGGAAAGACACAUCCGAUGGAGAAGAUGAUGGUCCCUUUAGUCGAACAUUGGUUGAGAGUUUAAAGGAUGUUGGUUCAUCGGAAUCAGACUCGGAGAAAUCGGAAGUAGAGGACGAAAUAGAGGAGGUGGUGAUAAUGGAGGAAACCUUGGACGUCAAUAAGGAUGGGGAUUAUGACAUUUAUUACUACUGUGAUGAAGAGUCUGGAGACGAAGAUGGCGAAUUCUGGGAUGUUGGAGUCCAGGUUGAACUAGGGCCGCACACAUUGGUGACAGCCGGUGUUCAGAUUGCUGCUCUUGAUUUGGAAAAUGUACAAACGCAGACGGACUUGUCGUUGUUGGAAUCUGUAAGUCUGCAUAUAGAUGGCCCUAUUUUCGAUCCGAUGAACAUUGGCGAGAAAGAACUGAAUCCUGAUGCGAAAAGAAGUAAACUGCGCAUCCAGUACAAAUUAGACGCCAUUAAGGAAUCGUCAGAUCUGAAUUCCUUAGUUGGAACAGAUAUGUCAACCGAUGAAUUUUCAGAAAGUGGUUUUUGCAGCAUGUCAUGUGAUUUAUCACAAUCGACUCCUAAAAAAUCUGAUCGUUCUGUCGACUCUGAUAGCCUUUUUGACCACCACGAUUUACUGACGAGUUCAAAAGUGACCCGCACCGUCCCAGCUCGGUUGACCAUCAUUGACCGCUUUGACUUAGAGCCCAGAGGUACAGAACAUGUUGAAGAUCACAUUAUAACCAAACGCAUCAUUUAUAAAAGUCCGUCUCCCUCAGAAGCUGAUCUGGUUGACAGGGCAACUGAUAAGGGUUCGUCUAAUACAGAGAUUUCCGUUGACUUGAUUCCAGUUACUGAUCGGAAGGAGUCGAAAGUAUUUGGAAAUCCAAGAAAAGUUAUACAGCGUGACAUGGAGAUGGACCCCGAUUUAGAAGUUGAGCUCACGAUGAUGGGUCUUUUUGAAUAUGAUUCCGCACCUGAAGUUGCUGCAGAAGUGGUUAUAGCCACGUCCCCAGGUGACGUAGAGAAUGACUUGGAGGAGAGGUUGGAUGAUGAAGAAGUGUCGACAUCAUGUUUCGGGCAAUUUACCUCAUCUCCAGUUGGCUUUGAAAGGAGUACAUUGCACUAUAAUUUUCCACAUGAUAAGAACAUGGAGGAGAGGUUUGAUCAGCAGACGGCACCAGUCGAACAUAGUUACUGCGUAUGGACACAAGACAGUGAUGUUGACCCUGAAAUAUUUUGUGCUGAUGAUUCUUUCAGUGCUGAACAUUUGGAUAAAUAUAGUGGGGCAUAUGAGGGGCUUCCUUACAGCCCCAUUUCUAGUCACGACGGACCAAUAGACAGCGCUAGCAACAAAAAACACCAACUUCAGAAGAUGUCACAAUCUAUUUCACUACCAAACCUCCGAGACCCACGGUUUUAUUGUUAUGAGCCAGAGAAAAACCAGAAAACAGCUCCCUCUGGUGAGAUAUCUCAGUACUUGAGAACGUAUGCGAAGUUGCCGAAAUCCUUCUACAGUUUUCAUCAGAACACAUUUUGGCUAUCUGCCGGGGAUUUAACAUGCGGGACAUGUCUUAAAGUGGAAGAGCCGCUCCUUGUUUCUGAAAGAUCGGAAAUUCCUGUUUAUUUGUCUGCAGACAGAUGUCAGCGGAAGCAAAGCUGUUCAUUUUCCAUCAGUAGUGGACUUUCUGACCAAUCAGAAUGCUCUGUCAAUUCGCCCAGAGACGAAUGCCUCAGAAAGCGCAGCCGUGCGUUUUCAAUAACUAGCAAUGAUGGAGAAGGAUACGUGGAUUCUGUGAUUUUCUUGAACACGGCCAAUCAGUCUGAAACUGGAUUAUCGAAUACAUUUAGUACCUCAUCUAGUGGUGCCACCUGGAGUCUUGGACCUGAACUAAAUUCCAUGAAAGUGACAAGUCCUCUAUUGAUGGAGGAUGAAAAUAGAAACUGCGUUCCUGUGCGAGAUAGUGACAAUUCUCAUAAAGAUGGGAACAGCAUAGACAAAGCAGUUUCUACUGAUAAUCACGUGAUUUUGAGUAACCAUGGUAACCAUGCUACGUUAUCCAAUCAGAAUAUUCCAAGUUCUAGUCAUGUGACUUUUGUUGCUAAUCAUGGCAGCAAUUCCAUGUCCAAUCGGAAUGUUGACCAUCAUUAUUCAAAAUCCAUAAGUUCACAAUUCGUAACCAAUUCACCUCAUUUUCCGCGAAAACAUGAGAGGUCAUCAUUCCCGCCAUCAGGUGGCACUACCAGUCCAGUAUUCCUAGAGCGUGAAGACAUCCUUGAGAAGGUUGUGAAGCGUCAGAUGGGCAAGAUCAAAGGUCACAAUGAGGCGGAGAUGACGGGAAAGCCGAAGAAUAGGAAAUCGCUGACAGAAGGAAGUGAAUCGUGUCGGGUUGAUUCUAAACUUUCCAAUAACACAGACGAUCCCAAAGCUACUACACAAACACUUGCUGCCAGAGAUAACCUUGCACAAUCAGGUUCGUGGAGGGGCUCCAGUGACAAUCUGUCAACAGAACUUCAUGUUCUUCAGGAGGCGGGUUUAGUGCGAUCAAACCGAACAAAGAUAUUUGAAUAUUUGCUUCAACAAUUAUCCAAGAUGGGACAGAAUGAAUCCGGACACAUUGAUCCCCUUGAUGAGACACCAAUGGAUCGAGGUUCGUAUCGUCGGCAUUCAUUCCACGGGCCGUCGUCUACCACGCUGGAUGUGAAACUGGGGCCGUCACGAUCUUUAUCACACGAGGACCUCUUGAGGGAUUCCGCUGGUUUGAAGACGCUCAGUGGGGAUGGGGGUACGCUGAGGAGGGAUGUUCUGAAGAGACAACAGGGGUUGCGGAGGAAGGAUUUCAGUGUAAAUCCGAGGUGGAGCGAUCCGACGCCUUGUAAUAACGUCAAGAGAGAGAAAGAAGUGAAAAUGAAGGACGAAUUGAAAAUGACAGAUCCAAGGCUGACGUCAAGUGAGAAUCUUCGCAGGAAAUGCUACACUGACCUAGAUCAAGGUCAACAGUUGAGGUACGAUUCCGACGAUUCGCUUGCAAAUAUCAAGAAGAAACGAAAAAAGAAGGGUCGAUCGAAAAAUAAAGAAAGCGUUGUAGGAAAUUGUGCUGCUGCGUCAGUUGAGAAUGAGGCAAAGACCGAGCACAUUGGUGAGAUGGCAGGCUUGUUGCGCAAUGACACAACAGAGGUCAAGGCCACUAAGAAUGCAGCAGACAUUAUGACAGAACCAAAAGUCAAGGACAACAAAACAGAGGUAACUGUCACUCAAAAUGCAGCAAAUGUUACAAUGAAACCAGAGGUCAAGGACAACAAAACAGAGAUCAAGGUCACUGUAAAUGCAGCAGACGUUAAAACUGAACCAAAGGUCAAGGUCUGUGUAGCAGCAGACGUUAAAACUGGAGACAAAGUUGUAACAAUGCAGCCACCUGGUUGUCUUGAGGUGAUGAAGGUGUCACGCUCUAAGUCUAUGAGCAACGUCCACCUCAUUGAAAAGGCAUCCCACAAUGCACCACAGCAGUCGCUGAUUCAACAUCCAGUGUUGACCCAGCAGACACAGCGCGAGUAUGACUUUCAGUCGCUGCGACAAUAUUACGAAUCAUUGUCUGACGAAAGAGGAAGGUCAAUGACUCUUCCGAAAGAGACGUUAGCUAGGCCAAUUGAUGGUGCUAGAUUGAAGCGUGCACUGUCCGCCUCAGAUGUUCAUGAAAUUGCAAAAUCGUCAGUCAUUUUCCACACGCCUAGUAAUAGUAGCACGAUGGAUGUUGAUCUAGUCCAUUCAGACCACGAGGGCAAGACAAAGAAGAAAGAAAAGAAGAAGAAGAAGCACAAGCAUCAUCACCGCUCUCGUGAAGAGUUGGACAGUGCAACUUCUGGUUCUGAAAAGGCAGCACCAGAUGUCACAUUGCCAGAUGAAGCAAAAUCAGUACGGAGAGAAACAACAGGAAUUACAGUUGAUAUAAGAUCGGUGAAGAGGGUAGAAAAUGAUGUGAGAGAUGUAACGAAAUCCGAAGAAGUACUGCUGAAGAGUUCAGGAGGUUGUGCAGCUGGAAAUGAUGCAGCAGAUGGCGUGAAAGGUGCGGAAUCUUUCAAAACUGUGGAUGAUGUUGCACGAUUUGUAAAUGAUCAAAAUGAAACAAUUGAGGAGAUUUCUAAGGCCUCGUUUGCGUCUAAAGUUGCCAUCUUUGAACAAUCAAAGCACAUGCACCACAAACCAGGAGCGCACUUAGAGAAGAAGGGGUUAACGAAGCCAAAAGAUUACACUGAUCUUCAGCCUGGGGAAUUUGAUGCUCAAAUUAUCCCAACAGAACAUAGUCAAGUUGAGGUAGAGAAAAAAGGUCCGAGUACUUUUGUAUCAGAUAAUUCAGCAGCACAUCCAGGAACAGUUGAGAAUGUCGUUUGUUCGGUUUCUAGCAUUAGAGUUCAAGGAAUUGCACAGGAAGUUGUUGGGACAUCUGCUGCAUCAGGGGAUGUAAACAAUACUGACGCAUGUAAAUCUGAGAAUAUCAUCUUCAUUAAAAACUCCUCGAAUGUGACGAGUGGUUGUGGAUCUAAUAGGGAUGUAGUUAUGGAAAACAGUGACCAAGAAAAUGGUCACCCGCCUUCAGACUUAAUGUCGAUUCCAUCCAUUGAGAUAACUUACGCGGAAGAUGUGGACCAAACUGAAAAUCCAGAAUUUGUACCGCUGUGUACUGAAGAUACAAACGAGGCUCGAAUGGCAAAUCGAGAUUCGAGUGUUGGGAACACAAAUCGGAGAGAUGAUUCUAUGGACAGUGAAGAAUCGCGUGCUGCCAUUGUUGAGGAUGUCAUCUACCAGGAUAUGAGUGUAGGUGGCGUAUUUGCAUCACCGCACGAUCUGGAUGAAUUGGCUUCGAGGUCACAAGAGAAUCAGAAGGUCAGAGGUCAGAAGGAUAGUGUCACUUUCACCCUUCCUCCUGAUUUUCAUGAGGGGGCUGAUGAUCUUGAGAUAUUCAUCGAAGGUCAGGGCCAAGGUCGCGAUAGGACAAAUUCUAAAGAUUCUGUUGUUACAACGGUGUCAUCGCUGAGUUCGUCUUGUUCUUCGGGUGGUUUUGAGGACUACAUGCUGGAAAACCUUGCUAGGGAGCAACAGACUAUUGGGGAUGUGCAAAAAUGUGGAAAGGGAUGGAAGGUUGUGAAAAGUGGGGCUGGGGAUGAAAAUUCUCAACAAACUCUGUCAAAAUCAAAUGGGGAAGAUUCUCCAUCAGGAGACAAGAAAGGGUCUAUAGAUGAUGCCUCGGUAACCAUAGCGACCACUGAAGCCGCUUUCUUGGCAACCGAGUCUCCGAGAGGAAAGAGGCCAAAUUCACUUGAGAUUGGGAACGAUGCAGAGCUUUGGCUGAUGACGCCCCCCGGAGUAACAGAUGAUGAUGACAUGCUCAUUGUUCUGACGGGAAAUGGCUAUGCAUCGUGUGAUCGUCGAGAUCAGAAGUGUGUGUUGGAGGCUUUGGUGCUGCGGGAUCGUUCAAGUUCAGUGAAGACACCGACAACGCCACUGACACCACACUUCCCCCCGUAUGAUAAGAACGGUGUGCUGAGUGACUUCGACCUUCUCGACAUGAGUUUGGUGAAGUACAAGGCGGACCUAAAGGAACUGGAAAUGCUCGCAGACGUUGUUUACAUGGAUAACACGGAGAAACUCUCUGACAAAGAUAGAGAAACCUUGGCUUUCAUCGCUUCCAUCCACUUGGAAAUCUACGAAGAGGUGACAGCCGCCGAGAGGCAGUUACUCGACUUCCGGGGCAAGGUCGAGACCAUCCCGAUCGCCCUGGAACAGGAGUGCUACCUGGUGGCAAACAUGAUGGAAAAGGUUAUCUCUCUGCUGAAGGAACAAUUGUACCACAACGGCAUCAUAGAGAGUCUCCAAGAAGAAUAUUCACCCCAGUUGAUGAGUCAGUCUCCCUGAAUAUUCGGUUGCUAUGGAAAGAAUCUGGUUGCUAUAUAAAUAUUCUAGUUGCUGACGAUAUUGCCUGGUUGCUAUGACUGACAUUUGAGCAUUUAUCCUGUUAAAUGUUAACUUGAUUGCAAGGAUUACAUAGAUGAUGUUCCGGUCUUUCUGAACGAGUGUUGAAACAACAGCCACAUUUCGGCACUUUUGACAGCUUCAAAGAUUGUCAGAUGGUCUUGCCAAUGAGGUUUACUCAGUGUAAAAGCAAUUGGUCUCAUUCUAGGUCUGUCUUGUAUAACUUAUGGUGUCUUUGACCAGGGUACCUGUUUAGUUUCACCGAUUUCAGACCGGUUGAUUAAAUACUACGAAAGAUGAAACAAUAGACAAGCCUGAACAUGACGUCAGGACCAUCGGACAGCAUCGUGUUGGCAACCCAUUGUCUAUCCAAAUUGCUUGCCAUCGAGGGACCAAGCGCAUAAUAUCUAGCUAGAAUUGAAUAUUUAGAUCAGUGAAACCAGAGAAUCGUCAAAAUGACGCCAUCUACAGGUAAAGGCUCCUGAUGAUUAGAGUACCAAAAGCAGAUAAACAUCAUAUCUGACAGUCUGGCUCAUGCUGGCACCUGGUAUCCACCCAUCAAACUAAUGUGAUGUGCAGAUGUUGCUCAAGGGAAACUACUUCAUAUGCUUUCAAGAGAAACUGUAACAAAUAUAGCCUGAGGGCCUUUGCAUUUGUAGGAUUAUUAUUUACCAUGUGUAGUAUGGUCUUUAUAUUGGUACCUCAAAUUGACAUGAUUGAACUGCUGUUCAGUUGGUUCGAAGCAGUGGUCGGGAGCAGUACAAUAGUAUCGCUUUGAACCUGGCUCAGUUUAUUAUUUCCGUAUUAUUCUUCAGCUGAAAAUUGUCACCGUCACUUUCUUUUAAAAUUGAUUAAGUUUUGUUCAUAGUUCCAUGUUUUGUUACAGUUAAAAUAUUCUUCAAAAGCAGCAAUAAAAUUGAUUUGAAUCAAA